AUGGGAGGACCGCUGGUAUCGUUCUCGUCCGUCUCCAUCUUCUGCCUCCGUCCCGAGGGAGAGGCCCAGGAUGGAGAGGCCCAGGAUGGAGAGGUUCAGGAAGGAGAGGUCCGGGAGGGAGAGGUAGAGGAGGAGGAGGAGGACAUGUACGCGGAGCCAGACACGGCCGUCGCCGACGAGGAGUCCCUUGCGUACAUACGCUUCUACUUCGGGCUGGACGAGUCUACCACCCGGGAGGAGGUGCUUCGGUACCUGGAGGCCAACACGUCGAUCCUGGCGCACAUCGCGCUCGACACGAGGCCCCACAACCUCCGGCACAUCCUGGAGCGGUCGCCGCUGCGGAUGCGCGUCGGGAGCCGGGCCUACACCGAAAACGGCGAGCUCCUCAUCGACAGCAUCCGCAACAUAGACUGGGGCAGCCGGCUGCUGGACGACUUCGUCGACUCCGUCCGCCGGGGUGGCCGGAGCAGCCUGGACAGGUGGGACAAGAGCCGCCGGGGCCGCGCGAGCCUGGCCGCCGCGCCCCCUACGAGCUCCUCCCUCCAGGCGAGGAGGCGGAACCAGGCCAGCCUCGGCCGCGUCAGGCUCUCCACCAGGAUAUCCAGCCUCAUGAGCCGCAGCGGGACCACGCGCGGGGGCCGGAAGGUGGCCUACCUCCGCUGGCCGGGGUGGCGUGCGCCCACGGAACCUCACCCCGGGGACGGCCUCCCACCCUCCGCCGAUCUGGAUCCUCCUCGUGCCUCCUCGUCCUUCUGGCGCUCCUCGUCGAGCCGGCGCUCCCCUUCCCUGGGCCGGUGCUCCCCCCUCGGCCGUGCCUCGCCCUCCAAGCGGUACUCCACCCCUGCCCGGCCCGCCCAGUCCAUCCGGUACACUUCCUCCUCCGACCAGCCCCCCCCGUCCGUCCGGCGGCCUCCGUCAAGCCGGUGGCCCCUCUUCAUCUGGGGAUCCCCCUCCGAUCGGACAUCCCCGUCCUUCCGGGCCCCGCACUUCCGGACCUUCUCGUCCGACCUGUCCCCGUCCAGCUGGGCAGCCUUCAGCCGAUCCUCUCCCUCCGGUUGCGACUCCCCAUCCGUCCGGUCCUCGCCCUCUAACCGGGCCUCCACGCUCGACCGGUCCUCUCCCCUCGGCCGUCGGGACACCUCGUCCAACUGGACCAGGUCCAACCGGCCCUCGCCCUCCCGCUGGGACCCCGCCUUCGACCGGUCCUCCCCCUUCGACCGGGACACCCCGCGGGACCGGAUCCCGUCCAGCCGGUCCUCGUCCGAGAGGGCCUGA